CCAGCGACCCAUUGCCGAGCUGCUCCUGAGCAUGAGGUGAGGGAUCUGGUCUUGAACCCGCUGCUGAAGGACGUCGGGAACUGGGAUGGUGACGCUGGUGAGGUGGCGCCGCGGUGCCCUUGAUAGUUGGAAGGGUCUGAGAGUCCGGUGGCCGUACUCGUUCGACCCGGGCUCAGAAACAUUGCGAAGUCACCCGCCGCCCGGGUGCUGAGCUUGCGUCCGAGUAUUGGGAUCUUUCGGAGGCCAUUUGGAUUCUCAAGAAGACUUCUCAAAGUGGAAAGCUGUAGAAUAACUGAAUCAGAAUCGUUGAUCCCACUUGCUUGGACAUCACUGAUACAGAAGCUUAGCAGAGCACCUAUUAUUUUCUUGUUGGAUCAAAGAAAAAGAUUCUCAACCAUGCCUGAAAUAGAAACAAAUCAGAGAGACUCUGAAUUGUUUUCACCACCCUCUAAUGUGCGAGGAAUGACAAAACUUGAUAGGACAGCUUUUAAGAAGAAAGUCACCAUCCCAGUACUUAAAGUAAGGAAAGAAAUAGUCAGUAAAUUGAUGCGACCCCUUAAAAGGGCAGCACUGCAGCGCCCGGGCAUAAAACGUGUGAUUGAAGAUCCAGAAGAUGAAGGAAGUAGAUUAAUUAUGUUGGAUCCCUAUAAAAUGAUCAGUGAUGAUUCCUUUGAAAAAGCAGAACUUAGUAUUUUAAAGCAGCUUAAUGUCAAUCCACAUAUAGCUGAAUAUAAUUUGGAACUAACUUAUGAAAACUUUAAGUCAGAAGAAAUCUUGAGAGCUGUGCUUCCUGAAGGUCAAGAUGUGACUUCAGGGUUUAGCAGAGUUGGACAUAUUGCCCAUCUGAACCUUCGAGAUCAUCAACUACCUUUCAAGCAUUUAAUUGGCCAAGUUAUGAUUGACAAAAAUCCAGGAAUCACCUCAGCAGUAAAUAAAACCAGUAAUAUUGAUAGCACAUUCCGAAAUUUCCAAAUGGAAGUGCUAUCUGGUGAGGAGAACAUGACGACCAAGGUUCGAGAAAACAGCUAUACAUACGAAUUUGAUUUUUCAAAAGUGUAUUGGAAUCCUCGUCUCUCUACAGAACACAGUCGUAUCACAGAACUUCUCAAGCCUGGAGAUGUCCUAUUUGAUGUUUUUGCUGGGGUUGGGCCCUUUGCCAUUCCAGUAGCAAAGAAAAACUGCACUGUAUUUGCCAAUGAUCUCAAUCCUGAAUCCCAUAAAUGGCUAUCACAUAACUGUAAAUUAAACAAAGUGGACCAAAAGGUGAAAGUCUUUAACUUGGAUGGAGAAGACUUCCUCCAAGGACCAGUCAGAGAAGAGCUCAUGCAGCAGCUGGGACCACUGUCACAAGAAAAAAAGCAUUCAGUGCACAUUGUUAUGAACUUGCCAGCAAAGGCCGUUGAGUUUCUCAGUGCAUUAAAAUCGCUUUUAGAUGGGCCGCCAUGCAGCAAUGAGUUCCUUCCCAUAGUGCACUGCUACAGCUUUUCCAAAGAUGCUAAUCCUGCUAAGGAUGUUCAGCAAAGAGCUGGAGCUGUGUUAGGCAUUUCCUUGGAGGCAUGCAGUUCAGUUCACCUAGUAAGAAAUGUGGCCCCUAACAAAGAAAUGUUAUGCAUCACCUUUCAGAUUCCUGCUGCUAUACUCUACAAGAACCAGACCCUAAAUCUAGAGAAUAAUGAGGCUCCACCUCUUAAACGCCAGAAGACGGGUAAAGCCUUCUCAGAGGAAAAAACACAAAUUUAUUCAGUUACUUGACUGGAAAUGUUUUCUUGAUCUCCCACUAUACCUUUAUGUAAUGAAAAAUAAUUUGUAUAACUUCAUAAAAUUUUAACAUUGUUUAAUUUUGAACGCUUUCUGUCUUAUUUUGUCCUUGCUGUUUUAUAAAUUGAGUAUUAUCAAAUUAAAAUUUAAGUGAGUCUAUUAAAUAUGUCAUCUAAAUUAUUAUAAUUUCAUAAUCUAAGUUAUAUCUAAUUUUUAUUAUAUAAAUGUUUAAACAUUGUCUUUUAUGUCUUGGGAAAAUAGUUUUUGAAGUAGAAUAAAUAGAUCCUACCUAGGAAAACACUAAUAUCACUGCAAAUGUCCUUUGUUGAAUCAUAUAGCUAAGUUUUAUGUAAGUAUGCUAUCCUUUACUACCCCUGUAAUAUCACUAUAAAAUAAAAAAUGAUAUUUAGAUAAAGGGAUAUAGGCAGACUAUGUCCAUCAGGCCAAAUAUGACCUGCUACCUGUUUUUAUAUGGCAAGUGACCUGGGAAUGAUUCUUACAUUUAUAAAUAGUUGAAAAAAAAUCCAAAGAAUAACAUUUUGUGACAGGAAAAUUACAUGAAAUUUGAAUUUCAGUGUCUAAAUAAAGUUUUAUUGGAAAUACCAUG